AUGCUGCCUAUCAUCGCCAGGUCAGAGCGGCCAAGGCGCUCUUGGAAGGUGGUGCCGACGUCACCUUGUCGUAUCGCACCGACGGUUGGUCUCCUCUUCAUACAGCCGUAUUCAACGUUGGAGAUUUUGGAAUUGCUCAUCCUGCACAAGCCCGACGUCAAUUUGCCGGAUCGCGACGGAAUCAGUCCUAUUCACGCUGCCGUAGAAUAUGGUUCUCUAGAAGCGGUUCGACUGCUCUUGCGAAGAGGGACCAAGAUGCAAGCCCAGACUCAUAAAGGCGAAACGUGUCUCAGCCUGGCGGUCAGCGCGCUCAAGGACCAGGUGCUCGAGGUGCUGCUCGAGGGGGCGUCUUGUGCGGGAUCAUGGGACUACCGCGAUCUGGUGGCCGCCUACUGGGAGGGCAUUUUGGUGGCCGAGCCGGGCCCAGCCUCAGCGCGCUGCGUCGAGCUUUCGCUGGACAGCAAUGAGGGUGGCCGCCUCUUGAAGGAACGUUCGGACGAGGGCGGCCACAGCGGGCUGAUGGCGUACUUGUUGAGGGUCCGAGAGAUGGAUAGAUGGAGGAGAGUCUGCAAGCUUAUCCCGCUCGCCCUCAUCGACCCCGGCAUCGACCCCUUUGAGCCGCGUUCGGUGGGACAAGAGACGGCCUUUGAGCUCGGGAUCGGAAUGAUAAGCUUGGACCUCGACAGCAGCGACUACAUAGAAGCUUGCGCCAAGCACCUUCCUCGCCCUCUGGUGCCGUCGCCAACCAUUGGUUUCAGGGAGCUGCGGAUCGCCACCGAGGCGGAUACAGCAGACGGAGGUGGCAGCUACCACGGCAAGGGAGUGCCCAGCGUCCGAGCCGACUUCCCCUUCCCGCACCGAAACUCACUUCGGGGUCUACCGUGCUUUGAAAUAACCAUCGAACAAGCAUCCGGGCCUGUAGUUCACGAGUUGAGCAUCUAUCGCUGGCACGAAGUUGCCGUGAAGAUUGGGUUCUGUGGGGAGCUCGCCUACUUGAAGGACGGCCAUCUUGGCUGGCAACCAUGGACUGCGGCGUUCCGCGGGGACAACGCGUCGAUGCACCAAGAGUCCAUUUGGACGCCGACGAUGGUACACUUCGGUCCGGGAAGUACGGUGGGCUGCGGCAUUAACUACCGCACGGGAGAGUAUUUGUACACGCUAGACGGUGAUUUGGUCGAACGACUCACGAGCAACAUCAUAUACCGCAAGUUGUAUCUUUGCAUCUGCCAUUGCGAAGGCGCGACAAGCGUUACAGUCAACUUUGGGACGUCGGACUUUGCGUGGAAAGAGGAUGAACAGCUAAGAAUCUCGGGACGGAGCUGCGAGGACACGGGUUGA